CCUCGCAGACCCUCGCAGACCCUCGCAGACCCUGGACCCUGUGGGACCCUCUCCCUAAAGCGUCAGGGUCGCUUUUGCACUAUUCCAUGACGAUCCCAGUGGGCUUUUUUUUGACCUAUAAAACGCAAUACGAUCAGACGUGAUGGACCAUGGAGAUCACCACGAUUAUGUAUACCCCGACGGAGUACAUAAAAAUCAACCCAGUUUAAAUGCGAUCAUCGGACAUGACGACAAAAACCCUGUCCGCCCGCAUGGAGAUCGGCGUGGGCCCGUCAGGACUUUUAGUGGCUGUACUGAAUGACCGAUCCGAGGAAUGCGGGCAGACGAAUGCUCUUUGACUCUUUUUUUUUUUUUUGGGAACGUCAGAGGGGGGUGAUUGAAACAAUCUCAUGACCUGACAGUUAAUAUUGGCCGAUGGAAGAUUUCUCUGAGACCCGGCGAGGGGGCGUCUGACUGCCAAGGAUACAUGGAGUGUCUGGUGGUUCAUAGCUUCCGCCCUCAGCCGCCAGGCACCGACAGUGUGGCCGUCAUCGAGGGGGGUUAUUUUUAGGGUCUCUCCCCCCUGACAGGUAGAAGAGAAGGAACAGAAGAUGAGUGUAGGCUGGAAGUGAUCUUUUAUGUUUCAUAAGUCAAAUCGUCUUUCUAUUCUAUAGAGACCUGGGCCAUAUGUCGUAUCCGGCCGACUCACGGUAGACCCUGGCGUACCCUGAAGUAACUGUGAGGGAGUGGCUCCAUCGACCAAGUCCGUGGCGGAGUCCCCCCCACCCAAAAAAGCACCAAACCGGCGUCGAGGCACACCCUCAGUGACCACCCAGUCAGACAGGACGAACCAUCCGAACACCCUGCCCACUGCAACUGCCACUGCAACUGCCACUGCCACUUUCCUUCUCCUCCUCCGCCUCUUCCGCACUCUCGUCUACCUAACUCUUCCACUCCUCUCUCAAAUCCAUCCUUCACGCCCAGCCCCGGCACUGGCCCUCUUUGCCUUUCCCCACCCUCUCUCGUUACUCUCCUCCACCCUGAAGAUUCGUCCCUGAUCGUCAACUUAUCUUCGCCCCCAAGCUAGCACCCCCUGCUUCUCCAGCUCGCCCACACGCUUCGUUCCCUCUCUCUCGCGCACGCAUCCCGAUUUCGAUGCCGUAUACCGUUCCACUCGUUUGAAUCCUCCAUGAUCUUUUCUCACGGGUUAGCCACCCUGUUGGGUGGCUCUCUUGCCAUCCAUGGCGCUCUCGGCGCCAUCACCCUUAAUGUCGAUGAUGAAAAUUCCCUCAAAACGGCCGCCAAGACGGUCGCCGCCGACAUGAUCAACUUCUACAAUGAUCGUGAUUCCAAAGAUAUCCCGGGAAAGUUCGACGGCACUUGGUGGGAAGGUGGUUCAAUGUUCAUGACUCUCAUUCAGUACUGGUGGUUGACCGGCGACUCCCAAUUCAACGAUGCCAUCCAGGCUGGCAUGUACUGGCAGAAAGGCGACGACGAUUUCUUCCCAUCCAACUACAGUCAGUAUCUGGGUAAUGACGAUCAAGUCUUCUGGGGUCUCGCCGCGAUCACCGCCGCCGAGCUGAACUUCCCCGAACAAUCUAACCAGCCCUCCUGGGUCUCUCUCGCUCAGGGUGUCUUCAACACCCAGGUCCCCCGCUGGGAUACCAGCAGCUGCCACGGUGGUAUGCGCUGGCAGAUCUGGCCCUAUCAGAGUGGUUAUACCACCAAGAAUGCCAUCUCCAACGGAGGUCUUUUUCAACUGGCUGCUCGCCUCGCCCUCUACACCAAGAACGAAACUUACGCUGAAUGGGCCGAGCGUAUCUGGGACUGGAGUGCGACCACUCCGCUCCUGAAGCAGAAGAACUGGAAUAUUGCCGAUUCCACCACCUGCGAAACCCAAUGUACGGACCACGGUGAUUGGCAGUGGACCUACAACUACGGUACCUACAUCAGCGGUGCCGGCUACAUGUACAACUACACCAACGGAACUGCUUCCAAGUGGAAGGACGGCAUUGAUGGGUUGGUAGGUACCUCCAGCCAGUUCUAUCCCACCACGGGGUACAACGGUGCCGCCGGGAAUGUGCUGGUGGAGAUCACUUGCGAGUCGGUCGAAAAGUGCGAUCGAAACCAAAUUACUUUCAAGGCGUACUUUUCCAGUUGGCUGGCCUUCCUCACGACUAUCGUCCCCGGAACCUCGGAUAUGAUCUUGCCCAAGCUGAAGACCUCGGCGCAGGCCGCCGUGAAGACUUGCACGGCGGGUACGGAUGGCACUCUCUGCGGCAUCAAGUGGUAUAAACAGGCCUCCGACAGCACGAAUGGUCUGGAGCAGCAGAUGGCCGUACUUGGAGUGCUGAAUGCCAACCUCGUUCCUUUCAAGGGCCAGGCCCCGUAUACUGCGGACACGGGUGGUAGCUCGAAGAGUAACCCCAAUGCCGGCACCAACAGCUCGAACCAGCAGGUGCCCACUCUCAACAACAUCACCACGGGUGACCGUGCAGGCGCUGGCAUCCUCACCGUCAUCUUCGUCACCGGAUGGGCGGUCGCCGUUACCUGGAUGAUCCGCGGUGGUUAAACUGGUUCCCCUUGUUUUUCCUUUUUCUACCAUCUACCAUCAUUGAUUUCGCGACGUUUCUCUUCCUCCGGCAGGUGUCUCUGUCUCUCCCCCUUGCCCGAUGGCCCCCUAGCGGGUUGCCUUUUUCUGUUCAUAUAUAUUCCCUCCACUUGGCCAUCCCUGUAUCUCUUUUUCUCUCCGCCUUUUGAAUUUUUUUUUUUCUUCUCUGUAUCUAUGUGGGCCCUCCUUUCUGACUUUUCUAUGUUCCUUUUUUUUUUUGUUCGUCUAGGUCGCCCGACUACAGUAUUAUCUCUAGCGGCGGCGUGGGCGUGGUGGCGGUGCUACGGCGUCUGGAGACAAGACUGCGAUUUUGGGACGUUUAUUACAUAUGUCUUGGCCCCCCUUCUUGGACAGGGAACCUAAAUGGAUUUGAAACUUUCUCGGCUUGAACGAGGAUCGACGCGUCUUUUGUUUCUGCGGGGCGCCUUAAGCUUUGCCGUUGUAACUUGUACGCUGACUGUAGUUCAAUUGCGCCAUUCUCCGGAGGCCUACCUUCUCUUGCACUCGGGGGCCAAAACGCAGUAUCUUGAGGUGUAAUAGAGAAUGUUUCAUGAGAGUCAUGUCCCAUUACAGGCGCGAGAGCUCUCCUGUCUUUUACUAUCGAAU